CAAACAAGAUAACACGUCCGUUCAUUAUUGCACGCGCAAGAACAACGCUGAACGGUUAUACUGUAACAAUGUUGCGUUACCAGUUGCAUUAGGAUAGUAAUAAUAAUAAUAAUAAUUAUAACAGUAAUGUUAGUUGUAAUAAUAUAAUAUUUAUAAAAACAACGAUAAUCGUUAUGUCGUGGUGAUCAUGUACAACAAAUCGAAAUGUCUGUAAACGUCCUUUUAGUCCAAGUGUGAAAUUCAGUCCGUCGUCAAUCGUCUUGAUUCGAACAUUAUUUUUUUUAUAUUUUAUAUUAUUUUUUUUUUUUUCACGUCUUUUGUACUUAUCGAAUUCUUCAAUCCGUGUCUGUAGUUCACAAAUGACACAACAUGUAUUGCCAGCCAAACUGCAACAACUCUACGUCCAAACUGAAAGAUGGAGUUACCAUGAGAGAAAAGAAGAGUGGUGCUUUAAGCAAAGUUCAAAAAAUUAAAAAACGCCUGAGCCAUAGUUUUGGUCGACUAUCUAUUUCAAAAGAAGAUCCUGACCGAAAUAGAACUUCUCGAGAUGCGUUGCCAUGUAAAUUACAAUUCAAUGGUUAUUCUGAAGAGUUCCUGGAUAGAAUUGAACCAAAUGGGAACAUACCUUGCGCCAACGAUGAACAUUUGUCCAGAUACGACUGGAGUUCUAAUCUCGGUGAUCAAGAACGAGUUAAACGGCAAUUAUCCGUGUCGUCUGACUCAAAAUUAUUGGACGAAGAUAUAUGUGAGGAAACUCGUGUCAUACUCAGACCAAAAAAACCUCCUAGGCCUAAAUCCGAAGUGUUCCUAAACCAACCCAAUCACAGACGAACCAAACGUUAUUCGGCAUUUGGGGGAGAUUCUCCAUUUGGGAAAUCUGAGGCAUACAUAAAAUUAGAUCCGCUUGGUGAAGGUUCCUAUGCUACCGUCUUUAAGGGGUACAGUAAUUUGACCAAUCAAGUUGUUGCAUUAAAAGAGAUAAGACUUCAGGAAGAAGAAGGUGCACCUUUUACGGCCAUCCGUGAAGCUUCGUUGUUGAAAGAACUGAAGCACAACAACGUAGUUACAUUACACGACAUUGUGCAUACACGUGAAACACUUACAUUCGUCUUUGAAUAUGUACAUACCGAUUUAUCACAAUAUAUGGAAAGACAUUCAGGUGGCUUGGACUACUCAAAUGUACGACUUUUCAUGUUUCAAUUAUUCAGAGGAUUGGCAUACAUCCAUCAACGUCGGGUGUUGCACAGAGAUGUCAAGCCACAAAAUUUGCUCAUCAGCGAGAUAGGAGAACUUAAAUUAGCCGAUUUUGGUUUGGCUCGUGCUAAAUCAGUGCCAAGUCAUACAUAUUCUCAUGAAGUAGUAACACUGUGGUAUAGACCACCUGAUGUCUUGCUUGGGUCCACAGAUUACUCAACAUCCCUGGAUAUGUGGGGCGUUGGGUGUAUAUUCAUUGAGAUGAUCACUGGUGUUCCCACUUUUCCUGGAGUACGAGACACUUAUGAUCAGUUGGAUAAAAUAUUCAAGAUAUUGGGUACUCCUACUGAAGAACAUUGGGAAGGAUGCACACAUCUUAAAGGCUACAAAGAGGGCAAAGGUAAAAUAUUUAUGUACCCACAUCAAAAGCUUGGCCAUGUAUUUCCUAGGUUGUAUGACAUUGCUGAAGGCGAAAACUUGGCUACUUCAUUACUUCAGCUUAACCCAGACUUGCGUAUAAAUGCUCCAUCAGGUCUUAAGCAUAAAUACUUUCAGUCACUUCCCAAAGCCUUAUAUGAUCUUCCAGACGAGAUGUCUAUAUUCAGUUUAAAAGGUGUCCAUUUGAGUCAUGAAUCAAGAACUACGUUCAAGUGUUAAGUGUUUAUUUUUUAGUAAUUAUGAAAUUAUUACUAAUUAUUAGCUCAAUAAAUUAAAAAUAAUAAUAUUAUAUAAGUAUAGUUGUUUACCAGAAACAUUGAGUUGUGUAGCCCGAUCGGGGCUAGACACGUCUUGGCUGUUGAGCCAUUUUGCUGUGAUGAUGAUUAUUUUAUAUUUCCUAUAUUCAUACUUAUAAAAUGUUAGUUUAUCAGUGUUCUCAAGGGCCUCUAGAUUGAAAAUACUUAUUUUACAAUAAAUUUCAAAAUAACAAUCAUAGCUGUAUUAUAAUUAAAAACUUAUAAAAUAAAAAUAAAUUAACUGAACAAAGAGGAAAUAAGAUAUAUUUUUAGGGCGAUUAAAAUUCUUCUGUGUUUACUACUUAUACAGUUUUCACAAAAAAGAUUAUUAGUAUUUAAGGCAAAUGGAAUUGCUCAACAAAGUGGGGUUAACUAUACAACAAUCUAGUUACAUAUAUUGUAUACAUAAAAUAUGUAUUGGUAAUAUUUAAUUUCAAUUGAACAAAAUUACUUAAAUUAUUUGUACCCACGUUCGCUUUGCCGUCCCUUAAACGUCCAAUAAAUAAGAUGUGUUUGAAAAACAUUCCCAAUAAUAAAAUUUAACGAUUCAACCCUAUAUAUAUUUGUUUAUGAAUAGUUUAUUUUAUUUUUGUCGCUUGCCGUCCAAUUGGUCCGUCAGAGCAAAAUAUUCCUCAGAAUAAAAUAUAUUUAAUUAAUAUCUACAAAAAAAAUUAAUACCAAAUAACUUAUCAAUGUUAUUCCACAAUUUUGUUAAAGUUAAACCCUUAAUUAUAUAUAUAUAUAUAUAUACCAGUUGUAUGUUAAUCAUGAUUAAUGGUUGUGUUAAUGCACUUACAGCAUUAUAUUUAUGCAUUUAACAUAAUAUAAAUGGGUGAACGAAUAAAAAAGUUG